CUAGUAGCCUACGUGAGACAGUUAUGUAAUGCAUUUGGAAUUUUACCCCUAGACUAUUGUUCUCAAAGAUAUAGAUGGACCCGUCAUAAUCUAGUCUGAUAUAACCUAUUCUAGUUGAUAAGGGACCACUGUACCACAUAACAGCCGAUAGCCUUAAUAGCUGAUGCUAUGUCUCAAUUCCUCAUCGGCAAGAACGGGACUGAAUCACCCGAACCUGUCAAAGCAGAAGUAACAGGAUGUGUCCCUGAGUGGCUACAAGGGACAUUGCUGCGCAAUGGGCCUGGUCUUUUUAAAGUGGGAGACACUGAAUACAACCACUGGUUUGAUGGCAUGGCCUUAAUUCAUAGUUUCACCUUCAAAGAUGGUGAGGUGUACUACAGGAGUAAAUUCCUGAGGAGUGACACCUUCAAGAAAAACACUCAGGCAAACAAGAUUGUUGUGUCAGAAUUUGGGACCAUGAUCUAUCCCGAUCCCUGCAAAAACAUAUUUUCAAAAGCCUUCUCCUACCUUCUCGCUGCCAUCCCUGACUUCACAGAUAACAACCUGAUAAACAUCAUUAGAUAUGGGGAAGACUACUAUGCCUCAUCAGAAGUCAACUACAUGAAUCAAAUUGACCCAAUGACCCUGGACGUAAUUGGAAAGAUGAACUACAGGAAUCACAUAGCUCUGAACAUGGCGACUGCACACCCUCACUACGACGAUGAGGGAAACACCUAUAACAUGGGAACUGCCCUCAUGAGGUUUGGCAUGCCCAACUAUGUCAUCUUCAAGGUUCCAGUAAAUGCAUCAGAUAAGGAGCAUAAGAAGCCUGCCCUGCGGAAGGUGAAGCAGGUCUGCAAUAUACCGUUUCGCUCUACCCUCUUCCCCAGCUACUUCCACAGCUUCGGCAUGACAGAGAAUUACAUAAUCUUUGUCGAGCAGCCAUUCAAACUGGACAUCCUCAGACUGGCCACAGCUAUAUUUAGACGCGUCAACUGGGCCAGCUGCCUCAAAUACGACAAAGAGGACAUUACGCUGAUCCACCUGAUCGACAAGAAGACUGGGAAGGCUGUGUCCACCAAGUUCUACACAGAUGCCCUGGUGGUUUUCCACCAUAUCAACGCCUACGAGGACGACGGCCAUGUAGUGUUUGACAUGAUCACCUAUAAAGACAGCAAUCUGUAUGAAAUGUUCUACUUAGCAAACCUGAGAAAGGAAACACAUGAAUUCAUUGAGAGCAACAAGGUCAACUUCUCCCCACCAAUCUGCCAGAGAUUCGUCUUGCCUCUCACUGUUGACAAGGAUACUCCAAAUGGAACAAAUUAGGUGAGGCUCAAAGACACAACAGCCAAAGCAGUGAUGCAGAGAGAUGGCUCGCUGUAUUGCCUGCCUGACACAAUAUUUGAAGGUUUGGAGUUGCCAGGGGUGAACUACAAAUUCAAUGGCAAGAAGUAUCGUUAUUUCUAUGGCUCAAGAGUGAAGUGGACUCCACAUCCAAAUAAGAUUGGGAAGGUGGACAUCGUUACCAGAAAGUACAUUGAGUGGACAGAGGAGGACUGCUACCCCUCUGAGCCUGUGUUUGUUGCCUCACCAGGAGCUGUGGAGGAGGAUGACGGAGUCAUUUUGUCCUCAGUCGUCUCAAUCAAUCCAAAGAAAUCCCCCUUCAUGAUUGUCCUUAAUGCCAAAACCUUUGAGGAAAUUGCUCGUGCCUCAAUCGACGCCAGCAUUCACAUGGAUCUGCAUGGACACUUCAUUCCCACACAGAGCACCAACUGACAUAGCCAGCAGAGGUCAGGGUUGUACCUUAACAUUGUAGAGGGCAAAGUAUUGUUCCCAACCAUGUAAAGUAGAUGUCCGUGCCCCCAUGGAAAUUCAAUGAGCAUAAUUAGCAUAAUAAACUAAAAUUCCCAUCAAAAUCCUUCUGUUUAAAGUAGAGAUAUCUGUUUUGCGUGGGCUGCGUCUCAAUCCACCACAUCCGCCGAUGACGCAUCUGCGGUAGGUGGCAGAGCUACAAGAUCAUGUCUAGAUGGGAUAUAGAUUUUGUCAAAUAGACAUCUAAGGUUUUGGGGAUUGUAUCUAACACUAACCCCUCUCCUAACCUUAACCUAAUUCUCCUAACCUGCUACUUUAAUUAUCCUCACCUACUGUGUAAGUUCUAAAUCUGAUACGAAAAUUAAAUCAGUUUUUCCAUGUAUGAAUCUGUUAUUCAAUGUGUUUGUAAUGGCUAAUAUCAGUAAGACCAAAUUCAAUGUUUUAUCAAAUAUUUGUUGUAAAAAAAAAUAGUAUAACUACAUGGUUCUAAAAUUCUAAAUCAAAUAGCUAAAUGAUCCUUGGUAUGACCAUCUUGAAACAAUUCCAUACAGCUUAGUAGCUUUCUAACCCCCCCCCUUAAAAGAUUUAGAUGCACUAUUGUAAAGUGGUUGUUCCACUGGAUAUCAUAAGGUGAAUGCACCAAUUUGUAAGUCGCUCUGGAUAAGAGCGUCUGCUAAAUGACUUAAAUGUAACUGUAAAUGUAGAAAACUAGCCCCGGGCCCUUCGAUUACUAGGCUACCUCUCCAAUCGUAUUUGCUCAAAUGUUGUAGAAUUUAUGUUUACAGAACAUCUACCACAAAGUGUUUUAAAUCCUAUUUUUAGACAGAGAACGAUGUAACCUCUAUUUUUGUAAAUCAGGAUGUAUACAAUUUAGUUUUGUAUUUAAAUAGGGUUUAUAAUAAUGUUUUAUUAAUACUAUUAAUAAUAAUGUAUUCAUUCCGUCUAUCCUGGUCACUAUUGUAAAUUAUAUUGUUUUUCUGUACAACAGGUAAUUAAGGAAAACAAUAGUGUGCUUCAAAUCAGUUAUGGCAUUAUUAUUGCUGUGGCAUUGCUAUCACCAUUACUUCUCUCAAAAGUGAGCACUUUUUGCGCACAUAAUUACCUCAUUCAACAUUAUGAUUUAUUACCAUGAGUCACUACAAUGUACUUACAUUAGGUUUGUAAAUAUAUAUUUGAAUAUUCAUUAGAAUACUAUGUUUAUUAAAUAUGUCAUACUUUUAUUUAAUUCACUCAUAAAAACCAUGUAUACUUUUAUUUAGUACAUUCUAGAGGAAGACUGAAACAAGACAUUAAUGCUCUAAAGUUAGAAUGAAAUUUGACAAUUUGCUGUGCAUUAAAUGCCAGUUAUUGAUUGUUGUUAAUGUUUUGUUUUAAUAGUGUGUUUGCCUGAGUUUGAUUCUGAAAUCAUUCUGUGACUUUGCUUAAAAUGGAUCCCCUGAUGUCUGUGUAAAUGUGCAAUUGAACUAUUUGUCUUAAAGUCUGGCCAUGUCAUCACCUUUUAAUUAAUUACUUCUAAAAUGAGCAUAUUGCUUACAACAUCAGUAAUACAAAUUGCUAUUUCUUUAUGUGUAGUAUAGUCCAACAACAACAUGGCUGUGCCAGUAAAGUACAUUUUUGCUUGCUAACAAAUAAAAACUAGAGGGAAAAAACA